AUGGACCCCAUCACUGCUGUCAGCUUCGCAGCCAGCGCCCUAACAUUCAUCGAUGUCGGUUACAAGAUCGUCACCGGAACCCUGGAGCUUCUCCAGGCCAAGGCAGAGGAGUGGAUCGACGAGCUUUUCUUCGGGCCCAACGACAUCAAGAAGGCCUUUACCGACCUGAUAACCAGAUCCACGCAGCGCGGCUGUCGUUUUUGUCUGUUCAAAGACAGCUUAGCGAAUCCUGGCCAGCUCCGUCCGUAUAGGCAGUUCGAAGACACCUUCUCGGACGAGCAGCGCAUUCGUCUGCAUGAGUUGGCGAGAUUCGACAUUGUUCUCGCCGGCCGACAGAUGUUUGAGAAGGACAGAUCGUCCCAGCGACCCCAAGUCCAGGCGUGCUAUGUCGACCUGGUAGACAAAGUCGCUGACGCCUCUCACGGGGUUCUCUCGUGGGCGAGCCUUGCUAUGCGCAGUCUUCUCAAGGCCAUCGCGCGAUACGAUCCCAUCGACUCGCUGAAGCAGCAUCUCCAAGCCAUCACCAGGGAUCUCAGCAAGCUUUACAAGAGGAUCUCUCAUGUCCAUUGA